AUGCCAGGUACUCGCAACCAAUUAGAGGCUGCUAUGAACCACUCUGAUACUCGCACAGCAGGUUGCUUCCUCACUGGCAUCCCUGGGCUGGAACAUCUUCAUGAGUGGUUGCCCAUUCCCUUCUGUACUAUGUACAUAGCUGCCCUGGCAGGCAACGGCACCCUAAUCUGUGUCAUCCUCUCCCAGCCAAGCCUUUAUGAGCCCAUGUACAUAUUCCUGUCCAUGCUGGCCAGUGCUGAUGUCCUGCUGUCUACCUCCACCAUGCCCAAGACCGUGGCCAACUUCUGGCUAGGUUCUAGCCAUGUCUCCUGACUAGAGCCAUGGCUGCCUGACAUGUUUUUCAUCCACUUCCUCUUCGUGGCUGACUCUGCUGUCCUGCUGGCCAUGGCUUUUGACAGAUAUGUGGCAAUAUGUUCUCCUCCAAGAUAUACCACAAUCCUGACAAGACAGGUCAUAGGAAAGAUUGUUGCUGCUACCCUGACCCGCAGUUUUAUAAUCAUGUUCCCAUCCAUCUUUCUCUUCAAGGGGUUGCACUUUUGCUGGAUCAAUGUCAUCAAACAAUUUUGUGAGCACAUGGGUAUUGCCCAUCUGUCCUGUUCUGACAUUUCCAUCAAUGUCUGGUAUGGGAUGGCAGCUGCUCUUCUCUCCACAGACCUGGACAUCAUUCCCAUUGCUGUUUCCUGCGUCCACAUCCUCCACGCUAUAUCCCUCUCUUCCCAAGAAGCCCAGUCCAAGGCCCUGACUACUUGUGGAUCCCAUGUCUGUGUCGUCUUACUGUUCUGCAUCCCUGCCCUCUUCUCUGUGUUUCCCUACAGGUUUGGUGGGAAACACAUCCCACAUUAUAUCCACAUCCUGCUAGCCAACCUCUAUGUGGUUUUCCCACCUAUGCUCAAUCCUGUGAUUUAUGGAGAGAGGGCAAAGCAGAUAUUGGAAGGAGCUAAGCAAAUGUUUGCACAACCAAAGAAUUUAAAUGAAUACCCACAAUUUGGCCUCAACUGA